UUGAAGUAAAAAUAUAUGAAAAAUUCCUCUGUUGAUUGCACCAAAAAAGAUUUGCUUAACAUUUUAUCUAACACGUGUAUGGGCUGCUUUAUUAUCUCACUAGCGCAAGUAUAUACGAGAUGAGUGCGGUCGUGUGUGUGAGUGCAGUAAGCAUUUUGUAUGUAUUUGAUUUCGCGCAAAUACAAACGUACGAAAUUUAAUAAUUAAUAGAAAUUUUUUGUAUAUAAUUUGUUAGCUACUGCAUUAGAUAAAAUAAUCAAUAUAUCAGUUAAAAAGCAUAGAUUACUAUUCAUUUCUUAAUGACAUUCGAGAUAAAAAACUUGACAGCGACGUCUGUCAAGUGAAAAAUCAGUAUAAAAUCUGCUCCGUGCAUUUGUUGUUGCUAGCAGUAUAAUACCGGUGGCUGUUUGUUUUUGUUGACGUUCUUUUUUUGCAGUGCUUUAGGAUAGUUUAGAUGCCAGAAGAUAUAAUUAGUAUUAUUAUAACAAUAUUAAAUGGUGCAAAAUGGAUUGACAAUUGCUUUGAAUCGAUACUUAAACAAACAGCUGUCCAAAAGCAGCAGCAACAACAACAACAGCUCCAGACGCAGUAUUCAAUAAGAACAGCGCAUGUGACGUCACACAACAAUCAGUGUGAAAACGUACAACUUGAGGUUUGUGCCUUCGAUGAUUGUAGCACAGAUAAUACAGUGGAAAUUUUGAAAUUGUGGCGGCAAAGAUUUAAAAAUGUAAAUGUGCCUUUGGUAAUAAUUAGAAAUGAAAGUGAGAAAUCAAAAGGAGUGGGUUAUGGACGCAAUGCGGCUAUAGCAAAUUCUACUGGCACAUACUUGUGCUUCCAAGAUGUGGACGAUAUUAUGCUACCUAAUAGAAUUCUGAAGCAGUAUGCGCUUGCUAAAAGACACCAGGAUGCAAUUAUUGGUUCAAAAUUUAUGCGCAUACCUACAAAUUCAACAUGUCGCUUUUCGAAAUGGGCCAAUGAUUUGGAUCCACAAAAACUAACGCUACAAAUAUACACUUCCAAUGGUCCAACAGUUAUAAUGCCUACUUGGUUUUGUCAUCGUAGCGUUUAUAAUAAUAUAUCGAAUGGGUUUUGUGACGAUGGACAUGGUAUACCAGAAGAUCUCAUUUUUUUUUAUAAGCAUUUAGAUCGUGGAGGCUCAGUAUUACGUGUUGAUCAGUGUCUACUAAAAUAUAGAUAUCAUCCCGAGGCAACAACAUUUUCCAUUGCCGCCAAGACUAUCUUGCGUAUACGUCUACGACAUCUUAUCGAAAAUAUACUACAAAAAGAACCAUGGAGCAAUGGUUUUACUAUAUGGAAUGCCGGUAAACAGGGUAAAACAUUUUUCCGUGAUUUGCCUGCUGUGGAAAAACACAAAGUGAUCUCAUUUUGUGACGUUGAUAAGAAAAAGAUACAAAACAUGUAUAAAUACUUCGAUCAAGUAACACGUAAAAUAACGCAUACCAUACCGGUACUCCAUUUCACGCAGGCCAAACCGCCUUUAGUGAUAUGCAUGAAAUUGGACAUGACCAACGGUGCUUUUGAAGCAAACUUAAGAAGCUUGAACUUAACUGAAGGCACUGAUUAUAUUCUAUUUACUUAACCAUUAACUCAAAAAAUCUCAUUUACGGGUAAAGCGAAAAUAUCUUUACUAUAGUAUAUCCAUUACGGGUUUUUAUAGCCUUAAAACCUAAUAGUAAUACAUCAACUGCCAUUAUCAUACAUAAUAUAAAUAUAUUAGUUGUAUGUAUAUAACACAUACAUAUAUAUAUACGUACAUACAUAGUAUUAAUGUAGAAUGCUAGUUAACUCUUUUGUGAUUACAGCAAUUAACAGUCUGUUUAGAAUCUAAUAUUAAAUUUAAAAUAUAUCUCAGACUUAUAUAUAU